UACAACAUCAGUGUUUUACUUCAGACUACAAACUGGUAUGUACAUAUUUUAAGAUAAAUAAGGUCUUUAAUCUUAAUCUGUAUCUGUGAGAAACGUAAAGUAAGCUUUAAUAUGAUAGUAAAGUGCAAUCUUCAUUUUCGUCCUCGUUUAAACAGUAGAUUAAUUUAUAUAAAGCUCACUGCUGCCCUCUAGUACUUAAUUUCUUCAGUUCAUUUAAAGUUCUUUGUUAAGUUUGUUUACAUGACAGAUAUAUUAUCACCAAUUUUCUUCAUUCAAUCAGUCAGACCUGUACUUUGUAUUCAGCAGUAAUUCUUUGACUAUUUGCCUAUUUUUACUUUUCAACAUAUCAAGAAAACACAAUUCUGGAGAUAAGCAACAGUAAAUUUAUUACCGUCCUUUCCUACUACAUGACCUUUUUUUAAAAAAAAAAUUAACCAUUUUUUUAAUUUGUCAUUUUAUAGUAUGAUAAAAAAUAUCAUAUUUAAGUGUGGAAAAAAAAAUCACAUUUUAGUGUGAAAAAAAUCAUAAUAUGGUAUGAUAAAAUAUUAUAUUUUAGUGUGGAAAAAUUACAUAUUUAAGUGUGAAAAAAAAUGUCAGUAUAGUAUGUUAAAAAUAUCAUAGUUUAGUAUGAUAAAUAUAAAGUAUGAUUAAAAAUACUAUUUCAGAGUUUGAUAAAUACCGUCCUUUACCAUCCUUUCUUAUUCAUACUUACUCAUUAUCCAGUCAGAAAUACCAGCAAAUGCACUGAUGAGAUGCCUCAUACAAGUUAAGAUUUUGUAUUUUAUGUGUGUUUGAAAUGAGAGAAAACUAACCAAAAAGAAGAUUAAAAGGAAUAAAAAAUAUUUAAAAAUACUGAAUGAAAACGUCAGAGGAAUAAAAACUUCAAAAGCUUAAAGUGAAAUAUCCUGCCUGUGACAGCCAGAAAUAGAUAUAAGAGCAGAAUCUGGAAAAUUUAAAACAAUCAGAUAAUAUUUCCUGUAAAAGCCUUUAAACCUGUAAUAUUAAAGUGAAGACGCCUCCUGCUGGACUCUUGAAGAAAUGCAGUUUAGGAAUACUUACUGUAAGUGAAUCCUGAACUGUGUUGAAGUCAAUCUCAGUUUUAUACACAAAGGUGGGCAGAUUUAUGUCUUAAAUGCUGUUAGUUAUCGCCAUUUCCAUAAUUAACUACUGAAGUUAUGUACAUCUACAUACAGACGACACUUCUGUAACUUCAGGUGUAUCAUCGGUUCUUUUUCACUUUUAAAACUUUCCUCUGUCAUUGUGAAAAACUUGUCCAGUCAGUCCUGCAGUAAACUUGAAUGAGUCUAUUUCUCCUCUGUCUGCCUGCCUGACUGAACAUUAAUGAAGUUAUAAAUAACCGAUGACGCUUUAUGUUCCUAUAAAUAUUCUACUGUCUGCUCUUUGUGUUUGUUCACUGCUGCGGCAGGAAAUUUUCUGUCCUGCAUUUCACCUCAUUACAUCUCUUCAUCCUCCCCUCAGAGGCUCUCUGUGCCAUAAAACAGGAGACUAAUGUCGCUUUUAUGGUGUCAAAAACCAGGAAUCAGCUGGGCCUCACUGAGUGUGAGGGUGGUGAGGAUCUGAUCUGGGAAACAUUUCUGCCAAACAAACAAACAAAGAUCCCCAAAAACAAGCAUAAAGAGAGCGCAAGCUCAGCACUUCAGUGGGUGUAAAAACCCUUUAUUUGACAACUCUAAAUCAAAAAGUGGUAAUAAAUUAUCCUCUACAUGAGGGAAACGCUCAUCUUCUCUUUUACAGAGAAAAAGCAGUUUGUUUACUAAACUCCUGACAGUACCACCGGUCAAUACUCUGUGCAAUAACCCACUUAACUCUGCGAUAUUAUCUGUGAUGUGCAAUACAACCAUUAUUUAUCAUGUGUAUUAUGGCAAUCUACUGCAUUGCUUGUGCACUUUGUAAAUAUUUCUCUUAUACUUUAUUCGCCUUUAAUAUAUAAAAAUAUAUAUUUUUUAUCCUUAUAUUUUUAUUGUACCUCUCAGUACUUAUUGUGUACUUUAUCUGUACUCCUUUGAGUCGAGCGGUCCUCUCAUCGAGGGCAUUUCAGUUCGAUUGUUGACCUUAUUUAACAAGCACAUGACAAAUAAACAAAUCUUGAAAAUCUUGAAUCUACAGUUUUAGUCAUUAAAAAAGACUUACCUCCGCUCUGCUCUGCUCUCUGUUGAUUUAUUUUGUCUUUACAUUUACAGCAGAGUCCACUAUGAGCUGGAUUUCUGAAGUCCAGAGCUGUCCCACCAGCAAAGAUGGCUCUGAACCACGAACUGUGAGAUGGGAGUGCAAGCUUCAGAUCUGGAAAGCUGUGAGUAGACUGUGUCUGAGUAAAGUGGCAUGUAAACACUCCACUGGACCUUCUAGGUAACCUGCUCUGCUAAUGUCAGCCACACUCUGCAAACCAAUCAUGAUGCAUUCAUACAUUGUCCAAAAGCAAAUCUAUUCAGUGCGUUAGUCCGGCUGAAAUCAAACUAGAUUGAAUUUCUUGAAGCCUGACUAACAUUGAGAGGUAAUGCUGCAUAUAUUCGUCUCAGUCAGAAAAUGUAAAUAUUGUUUAAUUUGUUGUUGAGGUCGAGUUCUGCGUCUGAAAGGAAACGAUUUAUCCUGCUCAGUCAAAACAAAACCUCUGACAUCAGUCUAACUCUGCCUCCUUUGGUACAUUCACCACUCCUUCCUGUCUUUCCUGCCUCCCUCCAGCCUCUCCUUUCCCCUCUCCUCUCUGUUUUAACUCACUUUCUUUAAUUAGACUCUCUGCUUCGGUCUAAUCGAGGAGGAUGAGCUGUUUGGUGAUGAGAAAGAGGGAAAAGCGCGGGAUAACUUUAUGUCUAUUUGAGUUUCUAUCAUCACGUUGCCUUAGUUACAGCUGCUAUAUAGAUUGGUGUCCAUACGAGCCUGGUUACUGUUUAACCUCCCCACCCACAUUUGCCCAGAUUAGGAAAAUCAAUAAGAUAACAGCGGCAGCAGCGGCCUUACCUUGCACCAACAACAGCCUUCUCACACUCAAGCAACAGACGCCAAACUUCCACAUUUUACACCUUGUUUCGAAGAGGGAGAAGUGGAUUUAAAACACAUGUGAGAGAGGAAUCAGAGGACGACAUGGUCAAAGUAAACACACAAGUCACUCCAAGUAUGGACCGUCCAUUCGGUGAGUACGCGCUUUUGUUCUUAGCACCUGUAAAAGGGAAAGCUGGACGGGGGCAGCUGCUUUGUUUUCCUCUUUCUGUUCGGUUUUUCUGCGCCGAAGCCGUGCGUCCGCCGAGCUUAGCUGGAUCACUUCCUCGCCAUUUUUGUGCGCCUGUUUCACACGGCUGUAAUCCAGGAGGUGUGUCACAGAUAGGGAGGUUGUUAAAAAGGCCAUGGGAGCCGAGCCUGAUGGUGAUGAUGGUUCAGAAGGUCUGGAGAUGUUUGAGCAGUCAGAGAGGGUCGGUUUAAGACAGGUGUCGCUAAAACAAUGGGGAAGCUGAAAUCCUCAAUCUGCUGGUAAAUUUGUGGCAAAACUAUUCAAGAUAUUUGGACCUGACAACAAAACAUCCCCUGAUUAAUAAUGUUCAUGUGCAACAGGUCUGGAAGUAAAAAGAGCAUCCAAGAGAGGCUGAGUCUCUGUGAGAGACUGCGUGAGCAAAUAGUUCAACAGUCUCCAAAUAACAGUCCUUUACAUUUUAUCAUAUCAUGAAAAGACAGACAAUCUCUGCAGAAAAGCAACAAGAUGAAUAAAAGAAAACAGGGUUACAGUGAUCUUCAAACCCUAAGGCAGCACUGCAUUAAGAGCAGACAUGACUCUGUAGUGGAAAUCACCACUAGCUGAAGCUCAAAAUCACAGUUUGUUACAGGUUAAAACUGUAGCAUGAACACGAUCCAGAGACGUCUUCAAAAACCUUUAAAAGCAGUGUUUCUGAUAAAAAGAUGGAGGUCUGAAAGCAAAGAGGAUACUUGUUUUCAUUGCUGCACAAACAAACAGUGAACUCUUUAAGGUCACAGAAAUCCGCACCACCAGUCACAUCCCUCUGCACAAACUGCUGCUGCUGCAGGAUCCAUCUGCUCCUGUUUGCUGUUUUGAACUCUGUCAGUGAAAGUAGAGGCCUCAGUGAGCUGCAGCAGGUGAUGUUAGGAGGGAGGGAGGGGGUUUCUGUUCACUCUUAGGGUCAUAUAUUGAAGUAUUUGCAUGUAACAGUGGGAUGUGCAGAUGCAAAUUAAUUUCCAUCGGCUGAAAUGUGAAAAUUAGAUCUCCUAAAGCAGAUGAUGUGAAUGAAGGGUGUCAUAAUGAAGCUGUGAGCAUCAUUUAUUCAAACCCUUAUAAACAGAUAUACUGUUUAUUGUAUUAUAUUAUAUUGUACUAUAUAUUAUAUUAUACUAUAUUAUAUUAUAUUAUAUCAUGUUAUAUUUUAUUAUAUUAUACUAUAUUAUAUUAUAAUACACUAUACUAUACUAUACUAUAUUAUAUUACAUUAUACUAUACUUUACUAUACUAUACUAUACUAUACUAUACUGUAUUAUAUUAUAUUAUAUUAUGUUAUAUCAUAUUAUAUUAUAUUAUAUUUUAUUAUAUUAUAUUAUAUUAUAUUAUAUUAUAUUAUAUUAUACUAUACUUUACUAUACUUAACUAUACUAUACUAUACUAUACUGUAUGAAAUUAAAUUAUAUUAUAUUAUAUUAUAUAGCAGAGUUAAAGUUGAAUCAAAGAGAACGUUCCUUACAGGAGCUUUAAAUAUGCUUUGUAAAUAAAUAUAUCUUUCUCUCAUAGUGGGCGCCAAAUUCUUAAUUUAAAAGUCCCAGUUGAGCCACAUUAAAUAUAUGUAUUUAUCCACAUCACUCACUUUGUAACUGAAACUUCUUCAGAGAGGACAUUGCCCCAUAAAACAAUUUUAGAUUUUUUUCUGUCUUGCUUUAUCCCUAUAAGCAGGCUUUUAUUUUGAAAUAUAACCCACUUCCAGUAGAUAAAGCUACAGAACUGAAUGAAAACAGUUGAAAGAAGGGUUAUAAAGUAUAAAGUCCUCAUCUCCUGCAGGUCUAUCAUCUGAAUCAUACUUUAACUUUAUCUAAUGUACUGAAUCAGAAAGUGUUUUGGGAUAUUUUGGUUUUGAUUUAAAAUCUGCAAUUGAACCCUCUUUCAUCCAUGACCUGAAAACCGUCUCACCUCCGGCUGCAGUCCUGAGUCGACGGUUUUGGAGCACAAUAGAAACCUGUUCUGAAAGGAUUUGUUUACCGAGCGCGGUAUACGCUCAACAAAUCUUCCAAAACCAGGACAUUUAUGUUACAAAUACAUUCUUUGGCAGCCGCCCGCACUAAGCUCCUUUUUGGCCUAGAGCGGGUUAUACUAUGCUUCUUUGUCCGAACAAAGUGCUGACGUUAUGUCUCUGACAGGCAUUAUGAACCUUACAUUUUAUUCCACUUUAAACAUGAUGAGUGGCUGGAACAGAUCUGGGUCAGUUUGUACAACCUCGGCGCUCGUACAGUCCUCCACUGUUUCUUUAUUUUUACUCACACAUUGAGACAAUCCUCCAAACUCUGUCUUCUGUAGCUGCGAGUUAGACACUUGGGAUUAAUUGCUCAACGGUCACAACCUGGACAAGCUGGGCUGUUGGCAGAAUCACUUGUUGAAUGUAAACAUCACAACAGCCCUUCAGCGGCUCCUCGGCAGAUCUCUGUUUGCCUACAGAGCUCAAUAACUCCACAGAGGGGCGGCGGGAGGCCCUGUUUCUGAAAAUACCCCGUCUGAGUCACAGUUAUCUGUUCAAAUUGACUAAACUGAUCCCUCAAGGGUCAAACAGGGGUUCCUGAUGGAGAAGAGCGUUUGAACUGCUGCUUUUAUCACAAUUUGCUGUGAAAAAUCUGACGUAAAUCCUCGAGUUGUGGCAGUUUGAGGAUGUUUUACUUCUUGUACUCUCAGGAUUUGAUCAGCUGAAUUUUGCUGUUUUUGCAGAAAAUCACUGAUAUUUUCUUUUUUUUUUUCAACAUGCAUAUCUCUGCUGAUGAUUUAUCCUGCAGUAAAAUCCUCCUGAAUGAUGAAACAUUAAGGCGUAUUUCUCUACUCACUUUUUUAAAAGUUUGUAUAUCGUAGUUAAAAAUGCACCAAACUCUCAGUCUUCUGGAUGAAUUAUUUAAAACCUGUGAUCUGUAAGGACCUGCGACUUUGCCGCAUAGAGCAUCAGCACCCAUUCACUAUACAUGAUCCCACUCAGUUACCAACAAAACAUCAACAAGCCGACACAAAAUAUUGGUGCGUAGAUUAUUUUAUUGAUUUAACGAGCAAAAGAAGAACAAUAGUUAACGUUUCCAUGGUAACAGAUAACAUUAAACUGAUCAUUAGUUUACUUGUUUGUUGUAUUUCACAUUAAACCGAACAUUUCCCAGCCCUCCUCCUUUUGGGUGCUUUGAAGUUGACACUUCUUUAAAGGAAUAUUCCGGCGUAAAAUUAAUCUAGGGUUAAACACACCGAAACACCGAGUUAGACCCCCCCUCCAGAGAUGAAUGUUGCCGACCGCUUACUUCUCUAGUUUCACCAACUUUAGUAACGACCGCAGGAUAGCAAUACAGAGCGGUCUGAGGAGCCAUAAACAAACCUCAACCAAAACGCCACUCUAUAGCCACAAAUAAUGCUCAGAACAGCACCUAACUUCAUCAACAGGACAUACAGGGUCACAGCCAUAGUACUAGACACCAAACAUCUUUUUAACUUUGACUCAUUUCUUUAGCAAAGAGACUAAAUACAACUCACCUACUAUCUUCCAGCAGCCGCUUGUUUGUAGCGAGACCUUGGACCAGUCCAUUACAGACUACAGUGGAGAUUCGCAGCUCAAGGAAGAACAUUUAUGAUCAUUUCUUCAUGGAAAUACAAUCAGACCGAGACGCUAAGACAGAAGAACUACCGUGAAGUUGGUAUUCACCUCUUGAGGGGGUGUCUAACUCGGUGUUACGGUGUGUUUGACCCUAAAUUAAUUUUACGCCAGAAUAUCCCUUUAAACAUACAAGCUAAUAGAGAUCAACAUUCUCGCCACAGUGUCAACAGGCGGAGGCGAGGUGUAACUUGAGUGACAUUAUCUAUGCCAAAGACUUUUAAUUUGUGACACAUUUGAGUAUCAAAAUAAAGCAGGGUGAGAUUAUUUUAUUAAAAACAUUAUCUGCAUAUACAGGAUUAAUGUAAUCGAGUCAUGGAGUAACCGCUUUGUCCACAUGGGGGAGCUAAAAUCAACAUGAACAGAAAGUUCUUCACAGGAGCUUUAAAUUAUUGAGUGAAAAAAACACCUUAAAGCUCCUAUGAGAGGUUUUUGUGAGUCUGAUAAUGAAAGCUGAAAUUCUCACUGAUGCUUUUUAUGAUAUACAAAAGAAAACGAGACAAACACUACUAAGAUAGGCCUUAAGUUUUUGUAUCCCAUGUAAAUCCAUCCAUUUCAUCGGUGUCCUAAAACUUCUUAUAGGAGCUUUAAUGUUUUCCAUCUUAAAUAACGAAGUUUAAACUUUCUCGGUCUAAGCUUCUUUAACUUCAACCUCAGACAGUUUGUCAAACUCUCUCAUGGUCAUUAAAGAGUCGCUAUCGUGCGUGAACUUUAUAUCUGAAAUGAUUUAUUAUAAAAAUCUGGAUUACAGUUACCGGGAUUAUGAUGGUGUAAUGAAUUAAUCCGAUAAGAGUAUUAAAAAUCUGCAGUCGUAUAGAAACUAUAAAUGUGUGCUAUAGAAAACAGACAACACUGUGUCCCAGUAAACAAAAGAUUCAGCUCAUUAAAUGAAAUUUAAUCCACGCUGUAAUUAAAUAUGUGCCGUUUCAGAGCGGCAGGAAGCCCAAUUAGCGUGUUUCUGGGGUAGGUUUUACAUUCUGUUCACUUGACACUAUUAAUCCGCUGGUUCAGGUCUCCAAUCAAAUCUCAUUGUGACAGGCAUUAGGGGAUUAUCCCUGGGUGCUGUGGGCCCUAACAGCCGGCCCGGCGGCCCCGGCUCACAGCUCAGUGCGGUUACAGUGGCCCUGCUUCUCCUCCCAGCCUGCCUCAGCCUGGCCGGGCCCGAGAGAGCCGCCACGGCUCAUGGGCUGUCGCUCAGCUGGCCGGCUCACUGUCAGGGCUCGGCCUUCAGAGGGAUGUAUGGCCAGGAUGGGACGCUGCAUUUCAGCAACACAGGUAAAGGAGAAAAUACACAGAAAGGCGGCAGAGAAGUAGGAUAAAGGUGGUCGUGAAUUAAGGGUUUGUGCGUUAAAACCACAGAGCCGUGGGAAAAAAGCUGCUGAGAGGCGAAAAGACUGAGAGCAGAGCUGAAGGGGGAAUGUUUACAGAGGGUUUCUCAGUGUUUCUGCUUUAACAGAGCUCUGAUUUCUCUAAACAAGAGUGAUGGAGGAUUGUUUUGUUGAAGGAAAGCUUUAAAAGUUGAUGUUUGCAGAAGCUGUUUCACUGAAGGACAGAUUUAUAGACGCACAUUUGUAAGAAAUUCACAAAUAUAAAGUCUCAAUAUUUCAACAAAGUGUUGUUGGGUUCCUUGUGGUGGAUCUCUGCAAUGAUUCAGCAUAUUGUGCAAGAAAUUUAGUUACAAGGAGGGUUAAAAAGCAGGGUGAAGCGACAGUGAGAUGUUUGUCCACAUGGUGGCAGCAGUAAACUGUGAUUUGAUGUUGUCUGACGGACAGUGAAGGCAUCACUCUGUGCAGUUGAAGGUGUUUCUCUGUAGAGAUCCAUUUACUUGUGUGAUAAUCUUAAUUAUAGUGAUGAAAUCUGAAAUUUGCUCCAUUGUUUUUAUGGGGAGAAGUUGCUCUUUUUACUGAACUUAAUAUGUCUGACUUAGCUUCAGCUCUGCUUUACAUGCAAACCUCGUAUUAAGCUUUUAAAAGUGGAUUUACUGCCUGUUAUAAAGAUGCUAAAACUGUAGAUAGAAUCAGUCUCAUGUGCAUAAAACAUGUGGAUUCAAUAUCAGGACAUAAGUAAAUACGUUAGACUGAGUGGUUGAAUUUUAUCUGCAUAAAUGUCUAAACUUUUCCAAGACUUGAAUCAUAUUUUGUAAAUACAGACUGGAUGUUUUCUAAGGAGCUGUUUGAGGAUUCGGUUUGUUGGGGAAGUUUCUUAUUUGCUGCAGUCGAGUUUCAAGGAUUUUUUAUCGUCUCUGUUGUGGUCAGUCGUAGUAAUCUGAAUGCAUGUCUGCGAUUCACAGUUUUCAUGGUGGAAAUCUAUGUUUGUUCUACUUUAAUUUCCAAUAUUGCUUCAGUCGUUGUUUGCUUCGAUCAAACUGCUGCAACCAUCAGAAAUUAUAACAAACGGUCACUUUUGUUCAGAAAAUUUGGGACGUGAGCUUGGACUUUUGUUUGUUUUAGAAGUUUUUUCUCUGUUAGUUGAGAAAAGAGAUUGAAUUUUGUCGUUCGUGCCGGGUCACUGAAAUCAAUGAGGAGGGCAUGAUCGGAGUGAAUUUGUCCAAACAGAGAGAGAGAGCAGACAUGAGCUCAGCGGAGCAGCCAAUGAAAACACAGAAAAAGAUGAGCUGAUGAGGAGAUGCAGACAAAAAGGAAGGAUGCACCUGUAAAACUGAUCCUCUAAGACUUAGUUUUAAAAUGUGAUUUUUAUUUAGAAAUCAGCAAAAUAUUUCACCAAAUCAGAAAUAUUUAGAGCACAUUUCAACAGUGUUAAUCUGCUAAUCAGUUUUAGAUUAAUUCCUCUUUGAUUAAAAGCUCAUUUCUUGCCGAGUGAUGAAAGAAAAAAACGUCUAGAAACUCGUUUUAAUGUGAAAGUCUUUAAAAACAAUAACUUUCAUUUCCUACAUUUAUGUUUCAGUAACUUGAAAAUAUGUUCUAAACUCCCCAAAAGCAUUUUUGAAAUAAUUAGAUUGUAUUAUUAGGGGAUACAACUCAAAAGGAAAAAGAUCGAUCAAUUAUCCUCAAUACCGUAAAAAGAAGAGGUGAUUUUGAGGUCAAAUUAUGACUUUUCCUGAAAUAAUGAUCUUCUUUUCUAUUAAAUAAUAGAUGCAGUGGACUGGUCAUCUAUUACACACCUCAGUAUUGUGAGUUAUAAUAUCUUCAUUUUUAGUCAGUGAGUUAUUUCUUCAAGCAAAGGUCUGUGCUCAUUCUAGCAAAGUGGGUCAUCAUUUCUUGUAAAGUUACAACCAUGACAGACUAAUUCAGUAUUCUGUGAUACAACAGUAUUUAUAUAUUUCAAAAUAUAUGUUAUUACUUUAAGAAAUUUAUCUGAUUCUGUUACAAAACUUUACUAUUUGUGAGAAAGUUUCUCAAAAAAUUGUUAAUAUUGAUGACUAAUCUUCAGAUCAGGGGUGUGUCAAGAGGGGAGGUCAGGGGUGGCAUGGCCCACUUUUGAUUUAAUCUGAUUAGCCGCCGCAGAAACCCAAACUAUGACUGACCGUUUAUUUGCUCCAAGAGGUGGAAACUUAAAUUCAACAAUUGGACUGUGUUGUAAUCGGCUCUCUGUGACUUUUGUAGCAUUCAAGGUUGGCAAAUUGUCCUUCUUGGGCGCUUAGGAUCUCAAAAAGGCGCAAAAACAUCUAUUUUAUUUCAUUACAUAAAAAAUAUGUUACCAGAAUGUUGCUGAUCAAUUUAUUUUUGCUUCUUUCUUUGUACUUUACAUUGUGACUUUAAAGUUCUUAGCAAAGGAAGCUACAAAGGUUUGUACCAUCUGUAAGCAAGUAUUCAAAUCCAUGUGACAGCCUUUUAUAAAACAGGAUAAAGUCACUGAUAAAGUUAUGAAAAGUCAUGUUUGGUAUUUGUUGAAUUAGAUCCACCAAUGUAAACAUACUUAAAAAAAUAUUCCAUACAUUUAAGUUAUGGUCAGACACACCGUAAGGGCUCUGCCACAAACAAGUGGCUGCUGGAAGAGAGUAGGUGAGUUGUGUUUAGUCUCUUUGCUAAAGAAAUUAGUUAAAGUUGAUGAAGUUAGGUGCUGUUCUGAGCAUUAUUUGUGUCUAUAGAGUGGCGUUUUGGUUGAGGUUUGUUUAUGGCUCCUCAGACCGCUGUGUAUUGCUAUCCUGUGGUUGUUACUAAAGUUGGUAUAACUAGAGAAGCAAGCGGUCGGCAACAUUCAUCUCUGGAGGGAGGUGUCUAACUCUGUGUUACGGUGUGUUUGACCUUAAAUUAAAUUUAUGCUGGAAUGUCCCUUUAAAGCCACCCCUGUAAAAGUCAGAGCCAGGGUCGGGCCACCCUAGUUUAAAAAGUCUGGACACACCCCUGUUUGAUGCCAGUAUUUUACUAUACAAUGAAAAAGGUCAUAAUCCAAAGUUACGUCUUUAUUAUGUCAGUUUAAAUCAGUAUUUUUCGUCUUUUUUUCCUUAUCUUAAAGUUUUUAUUUUGACAUCCCGACUUGUUUUCUUUCAUUAUUUUAUUAUUUGAAUACUUAGACGUUACUCUUUAAGUCUCUUUAUACAGACUAAAGUUGAACUCCUGAAUAUUUGAAGCUUGUUGUUGUUGUUGUCGAAGUCGUGGAGGUUAAACAUGUAUUGAUCGUGUGAUGACUGAAGGACCUGCAGGGAGAUAAAGGUGCUCAGAGCAGAGCUGCUGACAGAGGGGAUCAGGCCGGCAGUCAAAAUGAAUUCUCAGCAAAAACAGAGUUAAUGAUUAAACACUCUUAUCAGACACUGUGAUUGAUUUACGUCUUGCAUGGGUCUUCAUGUUUAUUGAUGCAAUUGUUUACUUAUUUGGUGCACAGGGGCUACUCCAGUUCUCCAGUCUGGCUGCAUGUGUGACGAGAUAAAGCCGGUUUUUAAAGCCGCAGAGUCGAGAGCGUGGCCUUCAACUUGAAACAAAACACGAUUUUUAAAGAGUUGUUUUUGCCUUAAAUUAAAGUACACGGACUAACUGAUAUUUGAGGACGUUGUGCAUAAGAAAGAUGCAUUUGUGAGCUUUUCAAAGUUUUAAAAGGAUUGUAUUUGGCCAGGAAAAUCACAACAAAGUACUGAAUUUACUAUAAAAUGAACCCUUUUUUGAUUAUUUUCUCAAAAUAUUGACAUUUUUAACACAAUUUGGUGCUCUCUAUCUGAAUUUACACUCAUAUUACAUUAUUACUCUUGGAUUGAACAGUUGUGGAAAUAUAACAGCUGUAAAUUUCUCUUAAACUCGGCCUAAAAGGUCCGGUCAAACGGCUUAAAUGAACAAAAAUACUCAUUUUAUGCCUUUUAUUCUUUUCUGUUUGAGCCUCAUUUGGAGGAUCUGUUUGCAGCCUGUGUUUAUGCAUGAAAAUAUUUGUCAUUUUUUGCAUGAAAAUCUAAAAUCACAGCCCCACUAAAGGCCAGGUCUGCAGGUUUUUAGGCCUCUGAGGACAGGUUAGCUUCACUGAGGAAAAGGAAAAAUAUGUUAUUUCCCAGAGGUGUUUAAAAGUAGUUUUCUCUGUAUCUAAAGCAGAAAGAGGGAGCGAAAAAGCAUGUUGAUAUAACUCAAUUAGGGGAUUAUUAAGAUCUUCAAAAAGGUCGUUUAAUCAUGAAUAAAAACAUCAAUCUGUGUUUUUGUCGCAGUCAAAGUUAAGUGUGGAUCAUCCAGAGUGGCACAGAAAAUAUGAAAACCCGCGGUCAGCCGCAGGGGCUUGCAUAAGCGGUGUUAUUUGCAGAUAGUUAUCUGUUGACAAGGUCUUUGCCAUGACACUCUACUCACCUAUCUCCUCCAUCUACAGCAGGAGAGCAGAGCAGCAGCCUUUUUUCUGCUGCAGCCAGCACAUUGUCUCCUUCUGUUUUACUCUUAUCAACAUCAAUAACGCUCCGAGACGAGCUCCUCAGACCCUCACAUCUCUCCUGUAGAGCGCCUCGCUCAGAAAGGCACAAAAUAAGUCCACAGAGAGUUUAUAUUCCAGUGUUGUUAUGAACUCCUCCAGGCCACCAUAGUCGUCUUUUCUCCUUCCCAGCUGCCGGUUUCUCUAUUUUGAUUUUACUGGGCUGCUUCCCGGCCGCCUGCCUUUCAGGUCAGACUUGGGGAAAUGAAUUGUAGUCAUUGAGGAGAAGGUACAAAUAGGCAGUGGUUGCAAAUGGAGUUUGGUCAGUGGUCGGAGAUUCCUAUUCAGAAGAUAGACAGGACUUUGUUCACAAACUGGAGUUUGAAGUUUCAAAGGGGAGAAUCACACAAGUGUUACAUCAGGUCUCAGCGAGCCUUUGACUUUUAGCCCCGGGGCAGGAGUUUGGGUGACUGAUUAUAAGACAGCACUCUCUGGUCCAUCACAUUUCAACAUGGCAGCUUCAUACACUAAACUCAGCAGGUGUUUAACAGCUAAACCACUGCUGCAGCCAUGACCAGACGGCUGUGUUUAUAUCCUGCUGCAACUUAUUCUGAGUGAAGGAGCAUAACAAUAAGGAAUAAAUCUGCAAUAAAACAUAUUUUUAAUAAUAAAAAAAUCACAAAAAGCAAAACAGAAAAGUCAAAAUACUACUACUGGAGCAAGAAGCUAAAGAAAAAUACCUCCUUAACUUCACUGACUCACUGCCUCUCUGUGUAAAGCACAGUAAUAAAAACUGUAAUAAAUAAACACAGUAAUAAAACUGUAAAACGCAGAUUUUAUUAUUAUAUUUACAUAUUCAAGCGUUUUAACUGAGUCCUGCUGAUGGUCCAAAAUUUGAAAAACACAAAAAAUACGUAAAAACCCUUAUAUAACCGAUUCACUGCCACAAUUUUUAGCCACAAUUUAAAAAGUCCUAAAAUUAAAGCUUCAAGUGUUAACUGUUUGUGAAGACAUAAAGGUUAGAGCUCCCCCUACUGGCUGGCUGCAGUAGAGGUCAUUAAUCUGUCUAUUUUAUAUAAAAAAAGUAAAAAACGAGUCAAAUUUAUUUAUUUUUCUGUCGUUAUGGUCAGUUAUUAUGAUGAUUUUCUUUUUUAAGAAGUCAAAUUUUGAUUAUUUGAUUUUAUAAAGAUGGUGAAAUCUCAGCUUUUGUUUAUGGGAAGAGUCAGCUCAGUCACAUCAGCACCUGUCAUGUGGAAAUAAAGGCAUGUUUCCAUCCUUCCUGCAGUCCAUGAUACAGCCCAUUGAAGAACAGUCGUCCUGCAACUUGAUACGAGUGUGAGAAUGCUAAUAUGCUAUAUUUAUGAGAUGCUGUAUGUCAGCUGUGCUUGUUUACAUAAAGAUAGUAGAGCAUUAAGUCUUUAAAGCAGUCAGAAGUUACAGGCGAGUGUCUGUGCUGCAUUUUUAACCCAAGUUGCGACCGUCUUUUUCAGACUUCAUUUAUUAAAAUAUGAAUCACUCAAGGCCGUUAAAGUUUAGCUCCUGAGUUGACAAGUUUAUCCUCAGAGCGGGUUAGAAGUCGCCCUGAUUUAUAAGUUGUACUCAAGUAGAAAAUGAAUAAAAAUUAAUCAAUUAAAGUAAUUUUGUUCCUAGUUUUGCUCUGGAUACAGGGCUCGACAGAGCGACCAUAAAAUGUAUUUAGGGGCACACGUGCGCAUAAAAAAAUCAGACGAGGCAACAAAUGUUUUUUCAUGUAAAUACUGCGAUGAAGUUAGUUUAAAGUUGGGUAUUUGGUGGACAUUCACUGCAGAUCUAUCUGUGUCUUCUCACUCUCCAUAACCAGGAAUAACAACAGCAGCGCGGUUAAAUCUACUCGACACCCUCACUGUCAACGUCGGUGUUGAAUAAGGGACCGUCAAUAAAUUAGCGGUUGAUGUUCUCAGAAAAGGCUGUUUUCCUUCAAUAGCUUGCAUGUCAUGUGACCGAUUGAUCUAAAAUUAAUUUCAAAUAAUAGUACUACUGUUGGACAAUAAGACACACCUCUUUAUUUUCCUAAUUUGUCCCCUAAAAAUUUUUGUGUUAAAUUUAAAGGCAAAUUUUGAACAUUUUCUUCAAUAGCCUCUACGUCAACGACCAGUAAGACAAACAUCAUUUGAUUAAUUUUCAUUGUGCCCCUAAAGUUCUUUGUGUGCUCUUUACUUUUUCAACUCAGGUGCACAUGUGAAAAAGUUCGUGUCAAGCCCUGGUUGACCAGGUGGAUUUGUCGUCUACCUGCGACCUUGUUCUAGAAAGUUUUUUAUGAUUCAAAGUUGGAUUCAGGUAGUUGGAUGACCUGGUUACACAAACUAAACCGGAGCUGUAACUUGAAUAAAUGUGUGUUGCUUUAUUUUGUCCAUGGGGUCCUUUUUUAUCGCCUUACACGUGUCAAUACUGUGGGAAUGUUGGUACAGUAUGUUAAGACGUCCCCUCCCCCCGCUUAAAAAUGCAGAUAAGUCUAUAUGAGAGAAGUCAGAGCUAAGGUGUGCUAUCUUCUUCAACUGGACAGUUUGUCAGUUCAUGAUUAAGAAAGCUGUAACAGAGCAGAUUAUACUUUAUAGUCCUGUAUACGACUGUUCCUUGAGGAGUUCACAGGAAUUUAAGAUGGGGGCAGCAAUAAAAGCACUUUAAUGACCCCAGAGAUAAGAUUCAGUCUGAGUGACUCAUUCAUAGCUCUGCACUGAUUCUCCCAUCAUCGCCCUCCCCUCUCCGCUCGCUGCUUUGAAAUAAUCAGCACACUUCUUGAGCAAAUAUGGGCAUUGCAGAAGAGCCGAUCGAACAUGGAGAAAUGUUGUAACGGGUGACCUCUGCGCACACAAGUGGGGCAACACGAGCGCGACAGGAGUUUGUAAUAAUCUGCUGAUCGUCUUUUGAUCAAGGGCGUAGUUUCGACUGAGUUAAUCAGGUUGUUAAAGACCCUCUCAGGUUGUUUUUACUGAUCAAUACGUCUCUAUCUGAAGGUUCGAUCUCCUCCAUUUUCAUUUCUGAUUGGAUCAGUGAGACAGCUCGGUAUUUGAUCACUCACAGUCCUGCACAGGAGCCCUCGGGAAUGUUAUGGUGUUUACCUGCGAGAAGGAAAAUAAUUUUAUGAGCUCCCAGUAUAAUUUGAGUGCACGGUUAACGAGAACACGUACGUGGAGGUUUACUGCAUGAACUCCAGAUCGUUGACCUACUGCUAUGUACUGGCACUUUCUCUUCAAAUACAAACUACUGUUUGCCGUGUGACAUGGAGGAGGCGGACACUCUGCGCAAACAGAGGGUUUUAUUUUCAACAACAGACAGAAGUUCAGUGUGAAAACAACCGAAAACAGCAAAAUUAUGUUUCUAUUGUCCUCUAGGGAUCGAGAAUGUAGGAAAUUAUUGGAGUAUUUCACUGUAGAUGUGACUCACUGAAACUUAUCUUUGUACAGAGAGAAAAACACGCAGGCCCAGAGUGAUUCAACAAAGAGCAAACAGACAGAUAGAUAGAAACUGAACAAAAGAAGAAAGUCACGAAGUAUUUCAAAGAAGAGGAAACAAAACAGUAAAUAAAAGCCAUGACAGGACUCCAGAUUUCAAAGAUAUAUCCAGAAGAGAGAUUAAAGCUCCUGUGAGGAGUUUUUAAUAUGUAUAAAAUAAACUGAAAUUCAUACUCAUACUUUUUUCAUGAUAUCCAAUAGCAAACAAAACCAUCAAUGACGGGUUCAAUUUAUUUUAAAUCAUGAUUUGACGUCUGAAACCGGAGCGAGGGGGGAGGAGUCAGCUGAGCAGCAACAACAAUCGCCCUGUUUUUAAUAAAUAAUAAUAAUGAUAAAUUUUAUUUGUAGUGCCCCUUACAUCAAGAGACUUUAAAGGGCUACAUCUUAAAAAGCAAAGAAAUAUAACAGUAAAGGAAUAUAAAAACAGGUUAUUGGUUAAAAACAAGAGAAACAUCUAAAAAAAUAAAAUAAAAAAAAGAAUCUGUGAGGACGGACCAAAAAUUCUGCUAAAAAGAAAAAAAAAAGGAAAAUAAUAUUUUAAUAUUUACACAUAAAAUAUUGUCAAUUAAUGAUAUGUUUGAUCAUCAAAAGUCAGCCUGAUUAGAUCUUUUGUUGCUCUCUAAGCCAGUUAAGGACAAGAUAAGCAAAACUGACACAAACCCAGAGUUCCUCACAGGAGCUUUAAGAUACUCAUACAGACGUCACCAUCUAUCACUAUUUGUAAUCUGAUUUGUAUUGAAGCUCAGUGAUGGCGGUCACCAUGUUGGAAAUGUUGACCCCAUCUUAUGCUGCGUUUGAGUUACCUCGGAAGUCAGAUGUCGGAGUUGGAAAUGACGCCACACCCGAGUUCCCAGUGUUUCAGGUACCAAGUCGGAAAAAAUCAUAAUCGGAGGUGGAAACAAGAUGGCUGCAUCUACGAAAGAGGAUGCUAAAACAGCUUAAAAUAACUAAAACAACAAGCGCUAAAAUAACUUUCACAGACGUAGCCAUCUUGUUUCCGCCUCCGAUUUUGCUUUUUUCCGACUUGGUAACUGAAACCCUGGGAACUCGGGUGUGACGUCAUUUCCAAUUCCAACAUCUGACUUCUGACUUAACCCGAACGUAGCAUUACUUCCCACAAAUCUUGAAACUGGCAAAGAGACCACAACCAGAUGUCAAUCAAAUUAGCCACACCCCUAAUAAUGACGAGCUGUUAGCCUAAUACUAAAGAAGAGUCAUAUAUAAAGAAAUGAGGUAAAGAUCAUAACAUUUUAAGUUCUCAGAUGCGCAUUAAGGCUCAUGAUCUGCUGCUGAAAAUGUUUUUUAAAUGUUUCAAACUUCCUUUUCUUUUUCUUUUUGUAAUCGUCUUUUAAACUUUUCUUCGACGCCCUUUUGAAGUGAAGAAUUCGAAAGCAAUAUAAAACCUUGAUAACUUAUCCAAAACAAAACUACAAUAAGAUUCUUUAUUGGCGUUAUAAAUAUUCCAAUUUUGUACUGGAGAUAAAAUCACAGCUGUGUUUUAUGACCGUGUGUUGCUCAUCAUUCAUUGACAAUUUACUUACCAACUUCAGCUCAGAGUUAGAGAGAUGACUUACUCAUAAAUAAACAGAUACUCUUUCUUUAGUGUUCUUGGGUUUGCUAUAAACUGUACAUUAAAGGCACUGUAAGGAAUUUUUAACUGCUGAGAUUCAUAAUGAUGGAUUUUUAUGACCUAAAAGGACAAAGUAGAGCAUUAAAAACAACAAAACUGACAAUUUAAACAGUGAUUUUUAACAGCUGUAACCACUAUUACCCAUUCAUUAUGUUUCCUGUAGUAAGGGUGUAAAGUCAGUGAUACAUUUAGACACUUGAAGACGUUUUUAUCGAGGUAUCUGAGUCAGAAUCAGAGGAUUUGUUUCCUCCACAUUAUUUACACCUUCUGCUUAGCAACACCAGAAAUCUUUACAUUUUUGUAUUGUAAAAAACAGAAAAAGAAGUAAAGUUAGUGAGUUGUAUUUCAUGUGUCUGUUAAUGUGAAUCUUCAGCGUUGUCUCUCUCUCCUUCUCUCUUUCUCAUGCGAGUGCAGAGCUUUUGGAUCAGCCUCACGUGCGCCUUGCAUUUCCACGAACAAAGGACUCUUUUACAUAAAGGCAUCACUUUGCUUUAGCAAGACUUAUAACUCCAGUUAAUAUGUGAGAAUUAACUCAGAUUUAGGCAUUACUCAUGGAAGUAGGUCUAAAUAUGACAGACGGACAUGAUCUUAAAGCGGGAGGAAAACCCUCUGUGUAUUAAUGCUCUGUUACAAGAAACACUUUUAAACUAUUUUGCAUAUUUUUGGUGACUUUAAAUGGUUUAAAGUAACUUUUAAUUAUGCUUCAUGAAAAGUUUAGUUUGGUUUGUUUAUAUUCUUAAAUCAAGGAUACCCUGUCCACAUUAAAUGAAAUCAGCUCGACGACAGAGUUGGUGUCUGUAUCGCAGCUUUUCUUUCCUCCUUUGUAAUACUGUGUUGUAGUAAUUUGUGCAGAAAUAAGAUGACGAGUGAUGGCACAAGUUUAGACUUUGCAUGUUGGAGUUUUUGAAGCAUGAGCAGAAACUGAGAGACACAAAAUAAGAUGGAGUGGAUGUCAGACAAGACGAUUAACAGAUGACUGUUUGAUGUCUGAGGAUUCCAGAUAAAUGUUGUGAGUUAAAAAGUCUGAUAUUUCUCUCUGAACAGUAGAGAAGUCAAGAGGUUUGAGCUACGAUGCUCAGGUCUGUCUCAGGUAUGAUGCUGAAUUUAGGGAAAAUUGAAUCAGGAGAAAUUUCUGUACAAAAAUCAAAAACCAAUACUGGGUUAGAAACAGACAUGACUCUGACAUGGGCUUAAAAUCACUUUCAAAAACCAGAUUUGCCUGAAGUUUCUUUGGCCAGAGCACCUUUAAGUUGAAGUGAAGGGAAAUGGAAAGUACCAUGGGGUAUUUGUGGGGUAAGAAAUUAUCAUAAAUGUUCUUCCUUGAGCUACGAAACCCUGCUGUACUCCAUAACGGACUGUCUCGCUACAAACAAGCGGCUGCUGGAAGAGAGUGGGUGAGUUGUGUUUAGUCUCUUUGCUAAAGAAAUGAGUCAAAGUUAAAAAGACGUUUGGUGUCUAGUACUAUGGCUGUGACCCUAUAUGUACUGUUGAUGAAGUUAGGUGCUGUUCUGAGCAUUAUUUGUGGCUAUAGAGUGGCGUUUUGGUUGAGGGCGUGGCUCUCUGUAUUGCUAUCCUGCGGUCGUUACUAAAGUUGGUUUAACUAGAGAAGCAAGCGGUCGGCAACAUUCAUCUCUGAGGGGGUGUCUAACUCGGUGUUACGGUGUUUGACUCUAAAUUAAUUUUACGCCGGAAUAUCCCUUCAAAUGUUGCAGCAAGACAACGCCUAACCACAUCCUGUACGUGUUACAACAGCAUGGCUCUGUAGUAGAAGAGUUCUGGUGCUAAAUUUAACCCUCAGAUUUGUCUUAUAGGCGUCUGAAAAUUGUCUACCGUCGUGGAGACACCAACAGCAAAUAAAAACAGACUAAUAUCAGCAAAAACGACUCCAGUAGACCCAGAAGCUAACCUUCAUCUUCCUCACUCUGAAUGUGAGCGGUGUGAUUUGUGUGCAUGUGAUCGCAGCAUGUUAAACACAGUGUCGGCUAUAAACCGGACUGGUUCAGAGUGGUGCGCAGCAGUGAUUUGGCAAAGCAGUGACCCUGAUAGAGCUCGCAUGGAGGAAUUGUUGAUCCAUUACUGAGAGAGGAGAGAUGGCAGCUAUCAAAGUUGUGCUACUAUCUCUUCAACAAAAAAAAAGGAGAAAAAAACAAGGCUGUGAUUUGUCAUUGAGGGGGUUUAGUUAAAGAUUAACCGGCAGAGAGACACUCCACCUCUGCUCCGGUUAGUUAGCCACACGAGGGAAGGAGGAGAGGGAGCCCUGCUGUCACUCACUCGUCUCCAGCGGGACGCCAUCACACUCAGCCUGGCCAGGGGUGCUACCUUGUCAGUGGGCGGAGCUAUAGGUUAAAAAAAAGAGGGAGGGGGGUUGGGUGGAGGUGUGAGAAUGGAAGGAAGAGGAGGAGGAGGAGGAGGAGGGGGGCACAUCAGCUUCUUGGACAAGUCUUUCUGCCCCUCUGACAGCUAGUUGAGAAUCUGUUGGUCCAAAGCGCUGGCAGACAUGGACAUGGCAGACUACAGCGAGGCUCUGGACCCAGCUUACACCACGCUGGAGUUCGAGAACAUGCAGGUGCUCCCGCUGGGCACAGGUGAGUCAGAUCUGCGCGUGUGAACUUUGAAACUUUUACUGGUUUGAAAACUUUGGACGUGCAGAGAGAGGGACGGAGGGAGUCGAGGCACGGGGGUGAUAAAAAGGGGUCAUUUGUCCAUCUGUGGUCUUCUUUUUUAUCACCAGUGAAACAUUAAGAGAUUUUGAUUUACGAUUUGUUGUAGUCGAACUCAGGGUCACUUGUUUGAGCCUGCGGAGUGAUGAUGAUGAGGAGUCAGAUUAAUGAAGCAGAGGUUCGAGUAGCUCCUGUUACAAACCGUCUUUUCCCACAGAGUCAAAGAGGCUCACAGUGACACCAACUGAUUCCUAAAUGCAGUCUCCCAUGACGUCUGGCCGGGAUCCUGAUUCUUAAAUUCCCAGUGAGACAAAAUGAAAAGUAAAACAGCAGAAAAGUCUCGUUUUUCUCUCCUGUAUUAUAUAAAGUGUGAGUGUUUGUUUGCAGCCUGUGUCAUGACACACUCUAUGAUUGAUUGACCCGGUCUGGUGACUGAAGAAAGCUGUCUCCAGUGAUUGCUUUUUCAGGGGUAAUCACGCUGACAUCAGUGACUCUCUGUUGACUCUGUUUGAUCCUCUCACGAAGGCGGCUUUUGAUCAGCUGUUAGUGAUCAAACCUCGGCCGUUCACACCUUUCUCAAUCAAACAAACUCCCCCCGAUCUAAAACUCGAACUUUUUUUUUACUGAUACCGCUUCAUAAAUCCACCUUUCCACGUUUCAGACUCCUCACCAGCCGAGAGCGCCAACAUGAACGCCCCGGGCCACCUGGGGGCGGGCAGUCUGUGUGCCAUCUGUGGAGACCGAGCCACCGGCAAACACUACGGAGCGUCCAGCUGCGACGGCUGCAAGGGCUUCUUCAGACGCAGCGUUCGCAAAAACCACAUGUACUCCUGCAGGUGAGGGCGGGUCUGCAUAACGCAAAUCAUGUUUUUAUAUUUGAUCGAACAAAAACAUGAACUUUUAGUCACUUGGUUGGAGAAAAGUCCCGCAAAAAACAGGAUGAAUGCACCAAAACACCUGUUAGAGUAUAAGGGACAUAAUCAUCUGUCAUCUGUGAAGAAAAGCAUCAAAUUCAAUCACUGAAAACAGCAGAAAAUGUGUGAUUUUCUCUCAAACAUGAUCGCUGUGUGCUCUGGGCCGAUUGUUGCAGCACAAACAAACUCGCUCCACUUAUUUUGCAGGUUCAACAGACAGUGUAUCGUGGACAAAGACAAGCGAAAUCAGUGCAGAUACUGCCGGCUGAAGAAAUGUUUCAGAGCUGGCAUGAAGAAAGAAGGUGAGAGAAUUUUAGACUCGAUCAAGUUUUGUUUUGUGUGUGAAAAACUGAAUUUUCUGGUUUAAUCAGCGAAUCACAGCCUCGCUGUGAGCCGUCCGCUCUGAAUCGAGUGUGUCGCAAUCCCCCUGAGAGGAGCACUUUGUUAAUGUUCACUCCACGGAGCGCCGGAGUCUCUAACCAGCUUAUGCUGAGCAAACAUUUCCGAGCAAUAAUAGCCGUAUACUGAUAAACAUGACAACCUUGGAGGAGGUAUUUUCUCUUAAAUGACUCUGCUUUCGUUUUGCAACAAAGGGAUCGAGUAGAUUAAACUUUUUUCAGCAUCUUGUCAAGUUUUAAUGAUUUUGAAAGUUUCACUCUUGUUUGUUUUGCAGCUGUGCAGAAUGAGAGAGACAGAAUCAGCACCAGGAGAUCGAGCUACGAAGACAGCAGUUUACCGUCCAUCAAUGCACUCAUCCAGGCAGACGUGCUGUCAAGACAGGUACGAACCUCCUCCUCCAUCAUCCAACUAUGAUUCAUCCCCCUUCAACAAACUAAUAACUGACUCCACAGUCUCUCCUCUUCCUCAUCCAGAUCACCUCCCCCGCCCCGAUACUGAACGGCGACAUCAGGACCAAAAAGAUCGCCGCCAUCACGGACGUUUGCGAGUCCAUGAAGCAGCAGCUGCUGGUCCUGGUGGAGUGGGCGAAAUACAUCCCAGCCUUCUGUGACCUGCCCCUGGAUGACCAGGUGAGACUCUUCCACAGACACAGAGUACAUAGUUGUAUAGACACUCUGGUCACUCAUCAACCAGAAGGGGCUCAAAUACAUGGAGUGGGUCUGCAGGAGAGAGACACGGAGUGAAAACAUUCAGCUGAAAUCUACAGAAGUGUUUGGAUUAAAAGUUGUUUUCUUCAUCAGUUCUUCUCCUGCAGAAGUUAAUAUAUCUGAAUCCUGAGUUAGAAGAUGAUGAGCCGGUUUUAAAGUUGUAUCCUUCCUCGGGAAUCAUUGCAGAAUCAUUAACAGUUCAUCACUGAGCCUUGGUAACUGAUUUGCCGAUGGAUAGGAAGCUGGUAUUCCCCCACCAGAUCUGUGAAAAGCUCUGGGGUGAAUAUCUCUCUGCUAAAAGGCGAAUAAAUCCUCUCUGUUUUUAAAGGUGGCGUUGCUGCGAGCUCACGCAGGAGAACAUCUGCUCCUCGGUGCUGCAAAGAGGUCCAUGCUGUACAAAGACAUCCUCUUAUUAGGUAAAACUGACACACCGAGGAUUUUCACUUCAAGGCAAACUGUCUUGGGCUUCACUCUCAGUUUCUUCAUCUUGCUCUGAAUGUGAUUUUCCUGCAGGAAACGACCACAUCAUUCCCAGAAACUGCCCGGAGCUGGAGGUGGGCCGGGUGGCGGUGCGGAUCCUAGACGAGCUGGUGCUUCCCUUCCAGGAGCUCCAGAUAGACGACAAUGAAUACGCCUGUUUGAAAGCCAUAGUUUUCUUUGACCCAGGUACUUUGAGCUCAUUUAAUGAACGUUUUGAUCGAUCAUAUCAGUAUGUGGUGUUUCUCCUCAUGCUUUCUCAUUUCCUCACAGAUGCUAAAGGCCUGAGCGAUCCUGGAAAGAUAAAGCGGAUGCGAUACCAGGUCCAGGUGAGCCUGGAGGACUACAUCAACGACAGGCAGUACGACUCCAGGGGACGCUUCGGGGAGCUGCUCCUGCUGCUGCCGACGCUACAGAGCAUCACCUGGCAAAUGAUCGAACAGAUCCAGUUCGUCAAACUCUUCGGCAUGGCCAAGAUUGACAACCUGCUGCAGGAAAUGCUCCUAGGAGGUGAGAUCGUUCAGUCCGUUUGAAACCAGAUCUUUGUUUGAUAUCCAAAGUUUAGGGAACAGAUUUGACAUCUGUGCUGCGUUAAUACACAAUAGAGAGAACUGUGACAACCCAAAUCCACAGUUAACCUCUUACUUUGUAACUCAGGCUCUUAAGUUUGUAACAGUAAGCACCUUAGUCAGAAUCAGAAUCUGAAAACUUUAUUCAGGCUUAUUACAGUUUUAAUUUUCCCAAAAUUAGAAUUUUGAAAUAUCCGUUUUUUUCUAAUCUUCCCUGUUAUUAUUGAUUAACAGACUUAUUCACACCAGAUUCAUACUAUUGAGUAAUCUGAGUGACCUAAAAUCAAUAAUAUGUUGAUAAACUUCAUAAACUGACUCUGUCAUCAUGAGGGAUUCUGGGUUCAGGGACAUUUUUGGGAUCUGUUGUCGACUCCAAAAGACUCCACCAUCAAACCACAGCUGCCCCUGCAUAUUAUGCGUGGUUUAAUUAUUACUCAACGAUAUUUUUAUUAGUUUUAUACAGAUUAAUACAGUACAGUGAGCUCUUGAAAAAGAGCACAAGAAAAAAGGAAACAUUAAUCACAAACCUCCCCUUUCCCUCAAGACUCUAUCUACUGCUGGAUAUUCCUGUUACCGUGAUUAAAUAACAAAUUCUGGAGCUAAAACAAAAAUAAAAAAAAAGCAAGUAAGUGCUGGAAUUCAGGUUUUGUAGAUAUUCAAAUAUGUAAGACGAUAAGAAAUAAAAAAAGUAACAAGAUAAUAAGUUAAAUGAACUACUGUGCGUGGUUUAACUUGUGUUUUUUUAUGUUGUUGAUCUUUCCAUCCAUGAAUUGGAAAGUCACACAACACAGACAAAAAAUAUCAUAUAUAACCAGGUAUCGAUGGUUAAAUGUAUGAGACGAUUAAAGAUGAUAGGGUACAAUCCAACAUGAUACAAAAUGGCACGAUUAGUUUGUUAUGAUAAUACAAUAUAAUACUGUAUGAUACAUUAUAAUGUGAUAAAUACUAAUGACUCAGUAUGUAAGAUAUGAUAACAGUUUGAUUCACUUCGAUAUGAUCUGAAUUAAUGAGACAUGAUAAGAUCAGAUAGUUAGUGAUUCGAUAAACACAAUUCAGUAUCAUACAGUUUAACACGAUACAGUCUGUGAUAGGAUUGAAUUUGAUUCAAUAGGAUAUGAUAUAAAACACACAAAAGGAUGUGAUUUGUGACAGUAAAAUCCGCUAGACUGGCUCUGAUAUGAGACAUUUUGAUAUAUUUUAUUUAUCGUAUCAAAGCUUUUUAAAUUUCGAUCAUACAUGUAUUUUUAUUCUUACAGAGGCCUGACGCGUUUGUGUUUUGUCCUCCAGGUUCUGCAAAUGAGGCUCCACAUGCACCUCACUCUCUGCACCCUCACCUGGUUCAGGAGCACCUCAGCAGCAACGUCAUACUGACCAGCAGCAUGCCCACGCCCAUCCACAACGGACAAAUCUGUGAGGACGAAAACACAUCAGCUCCACGUAUUUCAUAGGGUUUUAUUAUAGUGAUUUACAGAAGGGGGAGCGGGAACUAUACGUUCAUCCGAGUUUAAUCUCAAUCGUUAAUCUAAGUGACCUGAAAUCAAUGAUAUUUUAAUAAACAGACUGGUAAAUUUCCCUCGUCUCGCUCCAUGUGCAGCCUAGUCAGGAAGCUGGAAGGACAAACAGGCUCGGCAGAGUAAUCCUCUAAGUGCCCAUUGGAAACUAAUCUGGCUUAUUUUGUCAAAGAGAACUCCUGUUAUUCUUUCUUAACAUGUUUAAUGCUCUGAAAUAUUUCACAAAAGUGCUUAUUCCUCAUCUGAAAAUUAUGUUGCCCCAAGUUAUACCUAAGAGCCGCGAAUAUACACCUGCUAAUGCGGCACUUUCUCUCUUUUUCUAACUCGCUCCUGUUCUACUUUUCAGCCACUCCUGAAACCCCGAUCCCGUCUCCGCCCACUGCGUCCAGCUCAGAACAUUACAAAAUGGCUCAGGGGGUCAUAGCCACCGUGCCCAAGCAGCCGACCUCCAUCCCUCAGCCGACUAUUACAAAGCAAGAGGCCAUCUAACAACCUCUGUGUCCUUAUUCCUUCAGGUUUUUAUUGUGCUAAACCAGGGUGUUAAUGUGUCUCUGUGCUCAAUCAGCAAUGAAGCUGUAAACUUGACUGAAACAAUAAAACUAGCCGAAAACGUAGACUGUAAUUGUGAUGAUGUCCCUUGCAGAUUGCUGUUUCUCUUCAGGGAUCUAUUUGUUCACACAUGCAGCUGCAGCUGAGCUCAGCAAAAAAGCCAGACAAAAAUGUUAGCAUUUAAAAUGUUCAGGUUUGUUGUCGUCGUCCUGUAAGAUUACACAUAGAAAAUACAUUGUGGUGUAUAUAGUUUAUUAUCGGGAAACAUCACCUUCUUCAGUGUGUGCGGUAGGGCUUGUGUUAGACAUGGUGGCAUUAUCAUGUCAGUAUUUUAUGAAUGUUACAGCAAGCCUUACUUUGUUGUAUAUUUAGUGUUGCACAGUAUUUUAUUUAAGCUCAGUGGUGAUAAAAUGGUGUCAGUCAGAAACUUAGAAAAUCUUCAUUUUAUCAAAGCUAGAAUAAAUUCCUUGUGUGACUUUAGCUUUGGGGGGAAUUUUAAAAUACUCUAUAACAGAACGUAAAUGUUUGUGGUUUGAAGUGCUUAUUUACAGUUAGUGAAAUAUUAAAAUAAGACCAAGAAAUCUUGGUUAUAUUAGUGAACACUGCCUGCUGCCACUUUGUAAAAGUCACAGGCAGACACACUGAGGAAGUUUCCCAAUAAUAUGUUGUAUUUGUUUAAAAAUAUAUUCUAUUUUUUGUUUAGUACUUUGUCAUGGUUUAACUGCUGGAAUAAAUUGUGCCUUGUAACCUGUACUGCCUUACAAAAAAACAGGAAAUGUUUCGCCUUUUAAUGUGAAGAUGAAUUAAUAAAUCUCAAGGUCUAUUUUUA